GCGCUGUUUCAUGUCACCACCAUCAGCCAGGUUGUUCUAGGUAGGAGCUGUGCGGGGAGGGGAGGGUAGGACACAGUUAAACAUUGCCACUCCAGCAGGUUGGAGCAAGUGACAGCAACCUGGCAUCAUACAAGAGAAGUUCAUCUUAAUUCAAGUAUCAGGAGGUAAAUAGGCAUACUGUGACACGAAUGUGAUUAAAGUAAUCCUUUAUAUAGCCUAGUUGUGUAUUUUGAGGAGGUUUUUAUAUGGCAACAGAGGAGAUCGGGUCUGCUCUGCUUCAGUAAACUGCGUUUUUUUUCUCCGACCUUAUACAAAGGAGUAUCUGUCCUCUGCUGCAGGUGGAUAGCUGCGCUCAGGUGAGCCGGAAGCGAGGAAUCAACCUGUUCGAUGUUUCCCGUUUUACUGCGAUCACCUGAAAACAGCCGGAUCAAUGGGCAUUUGUCUUUACAUCACUGGAAAUAAAGUGUCUUUGGCUGUUCAAGAUGGGCGAUAAAUCCACACUGUGAAUGUUGGCCCUAAUGAAAUGGACCCGAGCUAAUGCCCCAAAGUCCCAGUCUGCCCUCCCUUUGCCCUGCUGGUCACGGGUAGAGAUGGCAGUGUGUCCGGAUGUGCUGGCCAUGCCUGGAGUUGUGGUCAGGAGUGUUCUUCUUCUUGCACUGAGCAGUAAGCCUGUGUGGGGGAAUAAUACUAUGGUUGAAAGUGCCACACGUUCUAAUAACACUGCUGGACCCAACAUUGCAGCUAUCGUGGCCCCUACGGUCACCCUGGGUGUUCUGGCCAUAGUCUUGGCUGUUCUCGGCUGGCUCCUCUGCGUGGUGAAAAAGAAGAGACAGACUGAAGGGACGUAUAGACCCAGUUCUGAGGAACAGUCUGGUGCACAUGGUGUGGCAGUACCAGAUGCACUAAAGUUACCAAAAGAGGAAAGACUCAUUUGACAUUUUGUGCUUUAUGUUUCUACAAAGUCCUGCAAACAUUUGCAUAGCAGCGUUCCUGUGUGUCGAGGAUCUCUCUUUUGAGCUGAUUAAUGAAAGAAAAAUCUCUCCAGGUUUAAGAGAGCACAUAUUGCAAAGUUUGAGCUUUCAUUUCAACAAGCACUGAAUGGUUCCUGCAUGGCACUAUGAAGAAAUGCCCCUGGAUGGAUCUAGCUGAUUUCAAGAACAAUUGGACAUUUCAAGGAGGUUUUGAACAAUUCCUCCACACAAAUUACACGAGAGUUUCAGUAUUUUAUCAUCAUUAAUCAUUUUUGGUUAGAGAAGUUUUUUCUUGUUUUAGUUGCCAUUUACCAUGUAUUUGAUUUGAUUCAGUCUAUUAUGAAAUACUGUCACUGGCAAAAAUCUAUAGCAAUCUUUUACCUCAAACUAAUUAUUUGUCUUGCUGAGUCCAUUGCAUCAAGACCGAUGUUUUUUAGUCAAUAAUGAGUGUAAUUAAACAUGCAAAAACUAUUGAUUUUAUAAAGGAAGCUGUAUGUUAAAAAUUAGGUUAUACUGAGAAAAUAUAUUGAGUAAAAGCAAGCAAUUGUUUACAAUUCAAGUAUUUUUUUAAACUAAUUUGAAUUCACAUUAUUUAAAGUUAAUUUCAUCAGAUCAACCAUACAGUGCAUAAUGCAUCAUAAUCAAGCAGAUGUUUUACAAUGUUACAUUUUAUUAAUGAUGUUUUCAAAUAUAUGUUUGUAAAAUAGUUGAAUAGUUGAAAACUUUGCAAAGCAUAUAAACCAUUUAAAGCAUCUCUGAGGACAUCCUGUUCUAAUUAAUGAUUUGCCUUAAAAAUACAUGAUGUUACUCUAAAGGUAUGAUUAUAUCUGCAGUAUUCAAAUCCUAGUCAAAAUAACAUAAGCAGGGAAACAUUUAAUAAAAAUGUACAGUAUAUGUACGACAUAAAAAAUC